AUGCCGCCUGAGGUGCUUUAUGGCCUUGGGGAGCCGUGGCUUGUCGGUGGGGCCCAUCCAGAUUUCUCCUGGCUGCCACUGGCAGAGCACAGAGUCCCACCAUCUGCUGACAACUUGGCCGAUCUGUGCUUCAGUGCAUGUGUCAAAAACCUUGUCAGCAGAGGCCCUUGCUGGGAUUGCCAAAUGUUGCCCAGAAAGUACAAGCAGACCAAUGCCACCAGUCAUUUUCAGCACAUUGGAGAUUUGCUUGAUGCUUGCCGGAAGGCCAACCAUGGACACGGACCACUGGUCCUGGCGCAUGAUGCGCACAUGAAUCACUCGAAGGUCACAGCCUUCUGCAUGGGCGUUGCUGCGACCCAGCUGGCCGCCGAUGCUGCAUCGCAUCCAUUCUGGCAACUAUGCUCUUUUCAUUCACGGACAUCCAUGCCUUUCUGGCCCUUUCGGCAGUUGACCUACGGCAAGCACUUGCUGUUUGUGACAGUGGAUGCAGGCCAUGUGCAAAAGGCAAUUGCCCGUGCAGGCAGAACUCAUAUCCGGAAGAUUCAGCUAGGAUCUUUCUGGGUUGAUUUUGCACCUCUCUAUUUGGGUGGUAUGCCGCAGUCAUCUUUUACGGGGCGAGACUGGCAGUCAGACGUGGAAGCCGCCAGAGUUUUCAAUCCAGGCUAUCUAGGCAAUCUGCAGUAUCAACUCCUCACUGCCUGUGUCACUGGUGGGUCAUUGAGCUCCAGAUUGUGGAACAAUGCAUCCCCGACGCUCUUGUGGAACAGCUUCUUCGCAUACUACUGGAUUCUUUUGUGCGUCAGCGAGGCCGAGGCGAAUGCGUCCAAGCAUUGGGACCGUAUGUUUGUGUCAUCGCAGACUACUCACAACAUGCUCCAGAUGUGUGCUCAAACAUGCAUGCGAUGCAUGCAUUGGCCAGAAGGCGUGCCAUUCAUUCCUCGAGCUCAUCAGGAGGAAUGUGCAGAGCUCCACUUUGCCAGGGUGAAGUCGCCCUUUGCCGGAGUCCCAUGUGUGCGGGAUGCCGUGCUGAGCACGCAUCAAUCACAUUUGAAGAUGGCCACGGCAGCUGCAUCCAAGUGUGACAGCAACACGGCCAAGCACCCUGUCAUCACACCAGUGUCGCCCAGCCAGGCAGCCGAGAUCGCGACAGAUGCCUUGAAUGCAGCAUGCACACUUCAAUCUGCAUUGUUGGUAGGUCGUCCUGCGGCAACUCUCCAGACAGAGUUGCGUACUUGGUGGGAAAAGGUUGGCCGCACCUUUGUGACUUCAAAUGAUGUUCUUCCUGACGCAGUCGAAACGGAUGAUUUCUCUGAGUGGCAUCCUGAAGAGGACGGAGAUGUGAAUUCUGGCACCACUGCAGAGGUGGUAAAGACGUUGUCAUCAUUGGAGAACAUGGUGUCAAGCAAACAGAUGGAGCAGCCCCCCUUGGAACAGGUGGUGGCACUCGAUGAUAUUGAGGAGGAGGAUCAGCAAGCCCUUCCGAAGCAUGCGCCUCUCACUGUGAAGCCCCUUCUGAAGGAGGCUGGCCUGUGGAACUUCCAGACACCUCCCAAAGACAGCUUGGAUUUGUGCAUCCGUCGCAUCAUGAAACUGUUGCCCUUCAUUCAGCUGUUCGUAGCGGAAGUUCGAAAGGCAGAAGGUUGGAUUAGCCCCGCACAUAUCGACAAGCCAAACCAUCACUUGAACGAGCACAAUCAGAUGGUGUCAGAGUUGGCAAGAGCGCGGCAGUGCUUGGUGCUCAGCCGGCAGCGCGUGUCCCGCUUUUCGAUGUGGGCAGGGUUUUCAGAGAAGGCGGUGGGUAGAGCAUGUGCAGAGGUGGUGGCCGAUGAUGGGUUGGAAUGCAAAGUGUUGCAGGCAAUCACUUCCUUCCGGCCGAGCUGCUUGAGAGUGGCAACGGAUGAUGGACAGUCCCGGCGGCAAUACCAGCUAGUUGUGAUUCGACGGAGCCUGUUGCAUCAACCCAUGAUUGCGAUCAUUCAAGCAGCCUACCGUGGCACAGUUCAGAAGAGCGAAAAGGGAACCAAGAAGGUAUGCGUUGUGGAUGUGCAGCUCUCCUCACUGCGGGCUGUGGAAAAGCUGCGUGAUGCGAAGCCACAGAUGCCUUCAACAGCCAAGGAGCACCCAUCUGCAGCCAAAGCAAUGUACUAUACAGACGACACAUUCCAGAACCCGAAGACGCGUGCCAAAGCCAUCCGAGAUUAUUUGGAUGUCCUGCGGGAACAUUAUGAAAAGGAACAUGGCCAGCUAGUGCGAGAUGGAGUGAUUUGUGCUGCGCCCUGUGCAAAAAAUUUAGAGUGGGAGCGAGUGGUGGCACAAGCAAGCGCCAAGUGGACAGACAGCGCUCGCGAUUACAGAUUAGUGAGUUGUGAGCGCAGAGAUGCCCAGGACAGGGAACUCUUUGAUGAAAUUUUCAUAAGAGGUGAGGUACCAGGGUCAUCCGAACCCAGCGCUCCGCCUGACCCUAAGGCGCCAACGCCUGAGAUCAAAGCAAUGGUCACCAAGCUCUUAUCCCGUGCGGAGAUGCUGUCCAACCCCAAGGCCCUUGAGGCAAUUCGUGCCGAAGCCGAUGGUUUGGUUAAGGCUGGUACCUGGGAUCUUGGCUCGGUCCGCGAGAAGGAAGAUGUACGCAAAGAAGCUAAGGCUUCAGGUGUGUCAGUGCACUUUGGUCAACUCAUGACCAUCGCGUCCAUUAAAUUCUACGAGCUCGCAGACCACCUUCACAAAAUGAAGGGGCGCAUCGUGUACAGAGGACUGUUGUUCGACAUAUGCCAUUUUGUGUUGGAGGACAGGCUCAACGAGUUCACCAACACCUUAUGCCUGGGUCAUGUGGGCAAUGAUGCCGAACUGGCAGCCGUGGGCUUGGGAAAUAUGAUGCAGAACUGCUUCGGACUCAGCAUCGCGUUCGGCCUCACCACGGCCUUGGAUACCUUGGUGAGCCAAGCCCAUGGUGCAGGGCAGCACCAGCUGUGCAUACACUAUUUGCAGCGAAGCAGGGUCAUCGGAGCCCUACAAUUGGUGUGGAUGUUUCCAAUCCUGUGGUUCAGCGACGACCUGCUGAUAGCUGUCGGUCAGCACAAGGAUGUAGCUAAGCAUGCCUGCAACUACAAUCGGGUUGCUGCAUUUGGACUGUUCUUUCUCUUUCAACAUUCGAACACCUUGGCCUUCUUGCGCAACAAGAAUCGACCCAACGCCGCCGCGUGGAUCUCCGGCGUGACCAGUGUGCUGCACAUCGUCUGGGCCGUGCUCUUCAUCGUGGUUUUGAACAUGGGAAAUUCCGGGGCGGGCGCGGCCAACUUAACGACCUGGACGUUGCAAUGUCUGUCAGGAGCUGUGUUUCUGGCCUGGAAUGCGUCCAGUUUACACGGCAGCGUGUGGCAGCUGCUGGGCGUUCAGAAGGAAGGCUUUCGCCAGUGGAGGAGCUAUUUGGCCAUUGGCAUCCCAGGCACCCUGCAGCUCUGCGGCGAGUGGUGGUUUUGGGAGAUUUGUGCUUUGGUCAUUGGCUUUCUUGGCCCUACGCCUCUGGCGGCACAUGUCGCCACCAUCAACUUGGUGGCGCUGCUCUUUAUGCCCAGCGUGGCGUUGUCGAAUGCAGCAGCUACGGUGGUGGGCAACAGCAUUGGAGAACUGCGUCCGAAAAAGAGCCGCCAAGCGGCAUGGGUGGCUGCUGGUAUGGAUGUGAUCAUGUGGACGCUGUUGGCCCUGAUCCUGGUGACUUUGGGGAAGUUUGUGGUGAAGCUGCUCACCAGUAACGAGGCCGUGCAGGAUAUCACUGUGGUGUUGAUCAACAUUUAUUGCGUCGCGGGCUAUUUCGACAACGUCCAGAACGUCAUUGGUGGCGCCCUACGAGGCGUGGGCAUCAACCAGGCGCCUGCGGCGGUGUACCUGAUCUGUUACUACUUGAUCAUGCUGCCGGUUAGUUGCUGCUUCGUGUGGCCCUUAAAAUUGGGCGUCUAUGGCAUGUGGUGGUCCAUGGUUCUUGGAACCGGAAUGGCCACCAUCGCCUUGGCAGUUCUCCUCUACCGUGUGGACUGGGCAGGGAAAGCGGCUGAGUCGGAAGAAAGGCGAUUGAAAGACGAUAUUUCAACACCCAGCACCGGCACCAGCACCUUGACACCAGUCGAUGUGGUUUGGGUGCACCACAGCACCCAGCACGGCGCCAGAGGAUCUUCUUUCCAUGAUGGAAAGCUAGAGACUUGGCGUCUGAAAAAUGAGGCACGCCAUGGCCCAAUUCCAGAGGAGAAUGCUACUGUAAUUCUCUGACGUAUUCUGACCUUCUCUGUCUU